AUGACCAGUCCGCGGUCUUCCUUCCGAAUACGGCGGCCCAAGCAGCGAUGGCUCUGUAUAGUUCCCCUUGCAUUCACACUUUUAUUUCUCUUCCUGCUACUGUCCAACUCCCCGAUUCACACUGUGUCCUCUCUGCGCGGUCCUGAUCCAUCUCACCCGUUACCAACCCCCAAGGCGACCUCGGCCGCCGACUCUUUGUCGGGUUCUACCUCAGCGUAUCUGAGAGCUGAUCAGCUGACUGACCCGUGGAGUGGUAGGCCUAUUACGACCGACUACAUCGCCCUCGAGAACCCCUCGGAUCGUCCUCACCUUUGGACGACCAUUCAGUGCACAGGAAGCAAUCUGAACCGGAGUUGCAUUUUCGACAACUUUUACUAUGUAUCGUCCGAAGAGAAGUUCCACAUAGUUCUUCCGUCGAGUUCCCGAAUACGGUCGUCGCCGUACACUGGUCGGCCCGUUGACGUUGAUAAGGACCCGGUCCUGCCUGGCCCGUAUGAUGGGUCUAUGGUCACCGAAUCGGGAGUGAAAAUGCUCAUCGAGGGCUGUAGCGACUUCUUUAUGGGUGAUGUUGAUUAUGAACCGACUGGUAACCGCUUCGAGCCACUCAUACACAUCUUCGAUUCGCCCUUGGAUGCCGAAAUGUGGAUAAUGCAUCAUACCAUGACAGGAGCAACUUUCCGUCCUGGCCUGACUGUUUACGGUUUCGCUCUCUACAUGCAUAACGUUGGACAUGCACUUUACGAUGGACUCUACCCUAUGUUCGUAUCGAUGUUGAGAUUUGGCUAUGGAGCUGCUGAUGUGAACGUGUUGUUCAAAAUGGUAUAUAACGGCGUAUUAAGACCUGGCAUGCACGUCAUUGGUGACGACAUCGCGCCUGUUUUCGGCGGUGGUACAUAUACUCAUCUCGAUGACCUCACGGAUGGUCUGUACCGGUUUCAAAGGAUCAUAGUAGGCUCGCGCCGGAUGGCCCAUCGAUCGUUUAAUACGUACAGUACUUUACCUGGUUCAUAUACGUAUGAAAAUUCUCUGUGGUAUUUCUCUCGACGUUUGCAAGCUCGCUAUGGUUUGAUCGACUCGAAGACGGCUAUGGAUCCUGCGGCCGAGGUCAAAACUGGCGUGUCCAGUGGUGGGUGUAAAGGCGUUAUCACUGACAAUAAGAGAUUUGAUGAUACUGAUAGGAAGAUGUUCUUCGACUUGAUUGAGAAGCUCAAGGAUGAGGAUGUUUGUGACUUUACGUUUGUUGAUUGGAAAAAGUAUACCUUCGAGGAACAACUCGAAAUAUUCACUAAUUCUGAUGUCUAUGUCAGUGGGGUUGGCACUGGUAUCACGAGAGCUCAUCUGACCAAGCCUGGUGGAGCUGUGGUGAAUUUAGGCGAACUUGAGAAAUUUGGCAUCCCCGAACGAGUUCAGAUUUCUUAUCGUGACGUUCAGUUUGCGGCUGGAGCGCCCUACUUGCAAGCCCUCUAUUAUCCUGCUAAGUUAUGGAACGUUUAUGGUAGACUACAACCGGAAGCCGUCGAGCUGAUCGUACGACAAGCUGUGAACAUUGUGAAGCAGGGAUGGUCACUGCCACGACCGCUCGAAAAUGGUAUUUCCAUCGUGGGUGAAGCUAUGGCUAAGUACUGCCAAGCCAGUCCGAGUGAUUGUUACGAGCUCGAGAGUGAAUUGAAUAUAGAUGAUCGACCGGCCUUGGACGAUCCCUGGUGUUCUCUCUGUAUGUGGCCUGAUUACAUAGGCUUGGACACUAUGUGGAGAGCUGAUACUACCUGUGAGUGGUAUGACAAAACUCGGCAAUGUAAAUUGAAUUAUGCUCUUUACGAUACGUGUCGGUCACCAGACCAUAUGGCUUUUGAUGCCAAGUGUCACGAAGAUAGUCGUUCAGCGAUGAUGGAAGUGCGUGAACGUUUAUUGUCGGAAAAAGCGCGUGAAUUGGGCGUGACAGUAGCAGAGUUAACUCCCCAACAAGCAACGGAAGCACUACUGAACGCGUCCCCACCAAACUGCCCACCGACCUACCGUUCCGUGGUCCCACUGCUGACUCUGGUUGGCCUAUACAUUAUCUUUGGCAUACCACACCUUGAUUACUUCGGCCACUAUCUUCGAGGGCAUUCUAACCCAACUGCUCGUGCUGGCAAUCUCGUUCGCGCCGAUCAGCUCGUGAACCCGCUGAAUGGUCGCCCUACUACUGUUGAUUACUUCUUUCCUGAAGGAGCAGAAAAAGAAGGAAAUGUUUGGAGUGCGGUUCAAUGCACUGGUAGCACAGUUAACCGGACGUGCAUCUUUGACAACCUCUACUACAGUAAGACUGAGGAUAUGUUCUAUCUAUUGCUACCUCGGAAAGGAGAGGUACGGUCGGCGCCAUAUUUUCAACGCCCCGUGUCACCACUGGUCGAUCCUGUCGUCCCUGGGCCCUACGACGGCCUCGUUUCAGCCGAUCGCAUUCGCGGUCUCACAAGAAACUGUUCCUCGUUUUUCAUGGGAGAUGUACACUAUGAUCCGAUCGGGCGACCGUUUUCUCCCAAACUUGUGUUUUUCGAAGAUGUUUUUGCCCUCCAACACUGGCUUGACCAGCGGUCGUGGAAACCAACGAACGUUGAUGGCGUUACUAUCUACGGCUACGCCCUUUACGCUCAUAAUGUCGGCCAUGUUAUGUACGACGCUCUUUACCCGCUGUUCGUGUCGAUGAUCCGCUUUGGGUACGGCGACGCUGAUGUGAAUGUUCUUAUGAAAGUUGAGGACCGCUUCAAUGGCAAGAAGUUCCUCUGCGACGAAUUUUGGCCUAAAUUCGGUGGCGGCAAAUACAGCCGUUUGAACGACUUGACACGGCCUAUCUAUCGCUUUCAAAGAGUUAUUGUUGGCUCACGUAAAAUGGCCCAUAGGAGUUUCAAUACUGAUACUACUAUGCCUGGAUCUUAUACUUAUGAGAAUGCUUUAUACAUGUACACACAGCGCAUUCUUGCCCGGUAUGGCAUCAACGAUGUUGCUUCUUCAAGAGGCAGUAGUAUGGUCCCGAUUGACCACGGUGAAAACGGUUGUCGAGGCGUUAUUGUUGACAAUAAGAGGUUUACUGAUACUGAACGGGCUAUGCUCGAAUCGAUCGCUGCUCAUUCGGCUGAAGAUCUCGACUGUGACAUUACGUUCAUACGGUGGGAGAGGUAUGCGUUUGAGGAGCAGCUGAAGAUCUUUUCUGAGGCCAACGUGUACAUCAGUGGUGUCGGCACUGGUAUCACUCGAUCGCAUUUUAUCAAGCCUGGUGGUGUCGUUGUAAAUCUCGGUGAAAUGGACAGAUACGGAACCCCUCCCCGACUGCAACCAGGCUACAAGGACGUCCAAUUUGCCGUUGGUUCGCCACACUUGAAUGCGCUCUAUUACCCUAUGAAGCUACUUAAUAUGUACGGUGAACUACAAGAAGAGGCAGUCAGGAAUCUGGUCAGGCAAGCGGUGCAACUCGUGCGGCGAGGAUUCCCCAUUCCUCGGCCGUUGAAAGAUGGUUUGGCACCGACCGGCCUUGCUAUGGUAGAGUACUGCGAGGCAAGCCCAGAGGCAUGCGAGGAUCUCGGUGGUCAACUCAGUGUUGAAGAAGUUGCCGGCAAUAGUGUAUGGUGUGCCUUCUGUACGUGGCCAGACUUCUUUGGGCUCGACCCUAUGUGGCGGAAAGGGACAAGUUGUAUGAAAGAAGGAGAACCUCUGCAAUGUCGGCUCGAUUAUGAUCUCUAUGAUCGAGUCCGAGACCCCAACCAGAUAGCGUUUGAUGCAGUUUGUCACGAGUCGGCCCGACCUCGAAUGCAGACCUUGAAGAAGAAACUGCUGGAUCUCCAAGCGGCACGGCUGGGUGUUAAGACUAGUGAUCUCACUGAUGCCGAAGCGACCUUUGCGAUGAUGCAAGGAUCGCCGCCUGAUUGCCCACCGACCAGGAGCUUUAGCCGUGCAGACGAUAUGGAUCUUCCCAUCCCGUGCUUACGCGAAAUCGAUUGUAUCAAGACAUAUCUUGAGGCUAUGGCAUAG